UUAAAAACUAUCAAAUUGCAAUUAAUCCGAAUGAUCUUCGAAGAAAUUUAAAUGCAAAAAAGUUCAUUUAAAAUACAAUUCCAGAUCUUUUUCACCACAGGACACUCUAAACUAAAUUAGCUGCUUGGUUAAAAAAGAAAAACUAAAUUAGCUGCGUUCUCGCGCCCAGAAGCUUCCACCAGACCCAAUAUCCGGCGGCGGCGCAGGCGGAGGCGGGUGGAUCGGUUAGACAGUAGAAGAAGGCAAAGAUGGGAAUAAUAAAGAGCAGUUUCUCAUUCAUAGCAGGCACAGUGUGCGGUAUUUACAUUGCUCAAAACUACGACGUUCCUAACAUCAAAAAACUCGCUUCCACCGGUCUUUUCAUGGCUAAGCUUAUGGAAGAGAAGUAUCGCAAACCUAAAAGCAAGGACGGUGAUUAGCUUCUUCACUAAAUUAUUUAUUUUCUUUUCUUGAUCGGAUCAUACGAAUUUCAUGAGAAAAAUUUGAUACAUAGGAAUUUAGAUUUGUUAAUUAUAAAAUUGAACUGAUUGUAAUUAGGAUACUGUCUUGUUGAUCUGAAAUUUUGAAUUGCAGUUAACUUUGGCAAUAUAUAAUGAUUUAAUGAUGAA